CCAAUCUAGACACAUUUAAUGGCGGGAGCAUCACAGAAUCUAACUGUUCAGACAAGAAGCCACGUGUAUCGUCCUUGAGCACCGUACCAAACGUGUAUAAAUACGCAAGAUCGCGACGCACCGUGUAAUAAAAAAGAGUAAAAAAGCUGAAUGAUUAUUUCUAGAAGGAUUAGAGAUUCUCGGUCAGUCACUAUGAACCCGCUCCGAUUCAAACAACCGAGUCGAUUACCGAGUUUCGGAGAGACGGGGAUUGAGAACGAGCAGGUGCUGACUCUCGUCUUCGAGUCCAUCGGCUGGGACAUCCGGACGAUAUGCGCCGUCGCCUCCGUGAGCCGCAGGUUCUGCGCGAUCGUCAGACGCGUCCUGUGGCGUCUCCUCUGCGUCCGCCGCGCUCCGGGGAUGGCGGCGGCGUUGUCCGGAUCGGAUGCCGGCGGGAGAAUCGGGGGAUGGCAGGCGUUGGCGAAGCUCAUGUUCUUCUGCGGCGGCGGCGAGUCGACUCGGUGGCCGGGUCACUUCGCGUCCGAGUCGAGGUUCUCCAAGACCUCGGGGAGGUUUUUCCUGCCGAAGAACUGCAGGGGAGAUCUCUUGUACGUGAGCGAUCCGUGCGAGCAUGAGGCAGUGGGCGGUGGUGGUGGUGGAGACGAGCAUUUGGGGGUAUUCAGAGGGGUGUUUAGGGAAUUUAUGAGGUCGAAGACGAGGCAGUGUUUGGUGAGGAGGCAGGCGGAGCUUGAGGAGAAGGUUAGGUGUCCGUACUGCGGAGGGCGCGUGUGGAGCAUGAAGGCGGCGCGUUUAGUUCCUAAGAGUGCGGCGAGGCGGUUGGGCUCGAGAGACGGUGGGCUGGAGUUCUACGUUUGCGUUAACGGUCACUUGCACGGUACUUGCUGGCUGAUUCCGCUCUCGUCGGAUGAAGAAGAAGAAGAAGAGAGGGGUUUUAAUGGUGAAGAAGAUGAUGAUGAUGAUGGCUAUGACUUUUUUACGGCGGUGAGAUCUGAUCAAGCGGUGGUCGGUGAUGAGUGAGUCAUGACUCAUGAGUGAUGGCUUUUAGGCAUAUGUAAACAACAGAAGAGAGAGGAGGUUUCAAUUAGAUUCUCUUAGAAGUGUUGAAUCAAGGAAUCUAAAAGAUUUGAGAGCUCCACAUUAUUGAUUUGUGAUGGCAUUGAGAACGAUUUAAGUUUUGAUAUUACUGUCGUGUCGUCAUUUACCGAUUUGGAUCUUUAGAAGGCCCACUAAUAUAUUUUGGCCCGUGGGUGGAAGCAUAGAGACAAAAUGGGUUCCAGUAAUGAAAAUGUUGUAUGAAUAGUACGAUUUGUUGUUAUACUAUAUGUUUUCUUCCAACUGAUCUUUGAAAUAAAAUCAUUCAAUGA